GUGUUUUCUACAAGUAUCCGUUAUAAUGCUGACUUAGCUAGAGGGGUUUACCCAAAUACUAUUGACGAAUAUGAAAUAGGACAGAAUAUCGGUUAUGGGUGUAAUGCAGCUGUUUAUGCGUUAAAGGUUCGCGAGGUUCAACAAACUGGUAAAUCCCGCCCAAGCCUGUCUACAAAUCCUUUACGAAAAGCGAGGCGUGAUCUACAAAAUAAAUAUCCACUCGCCCUGAAGCUGAUGUACAAUUUCGCUUUGGAUAUGUGUCCUCGUUUGGGAGAUAACUACUUAUGGCGAUCUAUGGGUGCUGAGCUAGUACCACUUCCUGGAAGCGCACAACUUCUUAACGGAAGGAUGGGCAGCAGAAAGAACACCGAUUUACCUCUUUUUUAUGGUGAAUUCGUUGACUUCGCACUUUUUUUCAGUUUUCGACCGUUACCUGAUUUUCACCCAAAUAUUGUGCGAGUGCUGACAGCAUUUGUUGAUCGCAUGCCUAUCUUGGAAGACGCCAAACUCGCCUACCCUGAUGCAUUACCGAACGCACCAUUCUACGAGAUGAUCAUCAACGAACCUAGGACUAUGUUUGUAGUAAUGAAGAGGUAAUU